AUGCCUCCAAAAGAUAACACUAAAAUUGUUCUUGCUGGUUCAAAGAACAGAUUUGCAGUUUUAUCUGCAUCUGAGGAUUCUGUUUCUCCUACAGAUCUUGUUCUUAAGAAAAGAGCUGCUUCUUCUGGAAUUAGAGGUAUAAAUAGUCUUUUAAAGCAAGUAGGUGUUCUUAAGAGAGCUAUCCUUAAUAAAAUUGAUGUUUUGUGCCUUUUGGAAACUAGAGUGAAAGCAAGUAAUGUUGCUGCUAUUCUUGACAAUAAAUUUGAGCACUGGAAUUCUAUUACUAACUAUGAUUUUGUUGAUAAUGGAAGGAUUUGGAUCAUUUGGAAAAAGAAUCUGGAUUUUUCUGUUAUUCAUGUUUCUAGCCAAUGUAUUUCCAUCAAAGGUCAUUACCUCAGUAUCCCUCUGAUCAUUACAGUUGUCUAUGGAAGUAAUCAUGGAAUUCUUCGAAGACAACUUUGGCAACAUCUUUUUGAUUUGGGCAAGUUGUAUGGUAAUCUUUCUUGGGUUCUGGGAGGAGAUUUUAAUGUCAUUCUUAACUCCAAUGAAAGCUCUAACUCUUCCAGUUUAGGACCUUUUCUUUCUUCCGACAUGAAGGAAUUCCAAGAUGUUGUCUUUGAUUUAGAACUCUCUUAUCACCCUUUCUUUGGCCCCACCUUUACCUGGAGCAACAAACAACAAGACUCUUACCUUGCAAGGAAGCUUGGCAGAGUCAUUGUCAAUCCUAAGUGGUAUAGAUCAUUUCCGAAAUCCCAUGUUGAAUUUCAAGCUCCGGAAUUUCUGACCAUUUUCAUGGAUGUGGUGAGACAAUCAUGGCAAACUCCUUCACAAGGCAGCCCCAUGCAGAAUCUAUUUUUCAAGUUAAAGCGCUUAAAAAAUAGCUUGAAAUCACUUAAUCAACUCUUUUAUAGUGACAUUUCAGCACGUGUUAAACAAAAGAAAUUAGAGCUGGAAACGCAACAAUUGUUAUCUUUAAGAGCCGAAGAUUCCUACCAUAAAGCUUCUUGUGCAAAACGAGCUGAAAAUCUUAGAAGAGUUGCUAUUAAAACAAAGAGGGAAACUAUCAGAGUUCUUGUUGAUGACAAUGGAAAUAGACUUGAGUCGUAUGAUUCAAUGACUUCCGAAUUGAUAAGGUAUUUCACAAACUUGAUUGGAUCUGAAAAUCCUGCAGUUAAAGUAUGUGACCAGACUUUACUUCAAGAACUAAUUCAUUACUCUCUGCCUUCUGAUGCUUCCAAUGCUCUUAUAAAAGAAGUAACUAGGGAUGAGAUUAAGGAAGCAUUUUUCUGUCAAGGUAAUGAAAAAGCUCCAGGAACUGAUGGCUACACUCCUUAUUUCUUUAAGAGCAUAUGGUCUAUUAUUGAAGAAGAUGUGGUUGCUAUUAUUACUCAAUUCUUCAAGGAUUUUACUAUGUUGCCUGCUUUCAACUCGACUUCAAUCACUUUGGUUCCUAAAGUCCCAAAUCCUUGUAAAGUCAAGGAUUUCAGGCCUAUUUCCUGUUGUUCAGUGGAAGGAACGUUGUUGAUAACACUCUUUUGGCAUAGGAGCUUGUCAAAGGUUAUGUGGGUUAAAGCUUGGUACUCUAUCUCGUUCAAUGGAAGUCUCAUAGGAUAUUUCAAGGGGCCAAAGAAGACAAGUGAUCCAAAUUCUGGUACUGUCUAUGAACGUGUUAUCAAAAUUCUCACUGCUUUCGUCGAUGAUCUACUUAUUUUUUGCAAAUUGAGGAAAUCAAGCGUAUUAUUGGGUUCAAUCAAGGCUAUUUACCAGUUUAGAUACUUGGGAGUUCCUCUAGUUUCUAGGAAACUCUUAGACAAGAUUGUGUUGCUCUCAUCGGCAAUUAAUCCUACCCAAUCUGUCCUUCAUAGAAUUGAGCAACUAUGUUCACGUUUCUUUUGGAAAGGUUCGGACAAGUCAGCUUCGGGUGCAAGAGUGAGCUGGGGGAAACUCUGUUUACUUAAAUCUGAAGGGGGUUUAGGACUUAAAGAUAUAAAGUCCUGGAACAAGGCAUGUAUGAUGCACUUGAUUCGGAAGCUGCUUGCGGGUGGUGGUUCAUUAUGGAUAGCCUGGAUUAGGAGUUAUAUUAUUAAAAAUUCAGAUUUCUGGAAUCUGGAAAUUGGUCUUAACAUGAGUUGGAUUCUCCAAUGUAUGCUUAAAAUGUGGUCUCAAGCUUCGAAUGUUCUUUCAACGGGAGCUCUUACUAUUAAGGACUGUUAG